AUGGCGAGCACUUCCUCUCAGCCGGCUUUGACAGGUGCCUCCUGCUCUGGAAGACCGAUGGCAACUUGCAGCACCGUUGGGAGCUUCAGUGCAGAGUGCAGGAUCUGGCUACCACCAGGGAUGGAUCGCGAGUGCUUGUCGUCGACUCUGACAAAGGCAUCAAGGUCUUUGACAUCGCUUCGCGCAAGGAGUUGGCCCCGCUUCCAGAGAGCGAUGCCGUGA